AUGUGCGACAACAAUAAAUUUAUUCGGUCAUUCAGUCAUGAUGGCAUUGUACUCCAUUCAAUGCACAAGUACGAGCCGCAAGUAGCCAUUCUCAAAUUGUGUGACGCCGACGGAACGUUCGAACGCGUUUUCGUCCGACGACUGCCUUUGUCCCAUUUCAUUAGCGUUACGUCAUAUCAGAACAAAGAAAUCACCCGUCUCAAGAUCGACAAUAAUCCUUAUGCGAAAGCAUUUCGUGACCAAGAGACGAGCGAUGGCAUCAAAACUUUUCCCGAAUCAUUGCAGUCGGUCUCGCCAAAUUUCUCGCAUGCGGAGUCUGCGUUUCCUUCCUCUCUCGUUAGUGACUACAUUCCUCAAUUCUCUGGUCAUAUGGAUUCUCCAUUUUCCCAUUACCACCACCCGUCUUCUUCUUCUCUCUCUCCCUACUCUCCGCUCGUUUCUUCGUUUAGUCCAUUUCACGGCUUAGCACCAGUCGUCAAACCCGACGACGUUCAUUCUCACCAAAGAAGAUUUAGUGCUCCAGACGCGCUCGCCGGUGAGACAUCUACUUCAUUUAGAAUGAGCCGCGGCCAGGACGAGAACAGCACGAGCAGUCGGUGUAAGAAGCGUCGAAGACAGCAUCACGAUUCGGUUACUUCGUUCAAGAAGGAUCCUCGGCAGGAGCAGGACACGUGUUCUUCGUCGGAGGCGAGGCGACGGCAAGAGGAGGAUACGUGCGGCUCGUCGAAAACGUCGACGAGUGGACAGGAACGACUGGAAAUAGGCAGUUCCUAUAGAGCGAGUCGGCUACUGGGAGAUUUAUCGGACAGUGAUUGA